AAAUACCAUCCUGGACUCUCCCCUUAAGGCCUCACAGAAAAACAAACAAUCUUCUAAACUUCUUUGAGUUCUCUCUGAGUUACUUCAAUCUUUGUUUCUCAUCAUGUCGAGCUGUGGCAACUGCGACUGCGCUGAUAAGAGUCACUGUGUGAAGAAGGGAAACAACUAUGGAGUUGUGAUUGUUGAGACAGAGAAAAGAACCUUUGAGGAGGUGAUCGAGGUUGCUGAGAACGAUGGCAAGUGCAUGUGCACCACCAACUGCACCUGUACCGGCUGUGGCUGUGGCAAAUGAAACAAUAUGAGGAACUGAUCACUCUAUAUGAUGGUGAAAGUAUCAAAUAUGUAUUAAGGUCUAAGUCUAGGAAAAAGUCAGACUCUGGCUUCUUUACCUAGCUAUGUAAUAAUCCUUGCUAUGUCUUGUCUAUUGAACUUAUCUUAUCAGUAAUAUGUUUUUAUUGAGUAUU